AUGUGCAACAAGAACAUCUUCAAAACCAAGAAAUUAGAAUUGGACCUUGUAUUCCUGAAUCAUUGCAAAUUGUACAACAUCAUUCCCAAUUUCCUCAGAUUCAAAUUGUACGAUAAGUCAUUCCUCUUAACCAACACCUACAAAUCUUGGCUCCUCAUAAUGCUUGAGCGUGAAAUCAAAAGACAAAGCAGAAAACUCACUAAACUCAAGGUCACUACAAAUAACCUUGUUCUUGAUUUGAAAUCAAAAGACAGUGUGUUUGAUUUCAAAUGCCUCUCUGCACUGAUUAACCAUAAUGUUGACAGAAGAUUGUCUUCUGUGAAAGAAAUCCACCACAGGAAGCUAAGAAACUUGGGUAUUGACCUUAGAAAUAUGGUUGAUAUCAACAAAGUUAUCUUUAAUUUCUCUGACCGAACUCUAUCUGUUGAUGAAAAGAAUGCCUUAUCUCUAGGUUUAGAUUUUGGUCUACGACCCCGCAAAUUAAGUUAUUUCAAAUUUUUUACCCAUUUCGAAAGAAUUUGCCAUAUGCUUAAACAUUGUAAUAUCUACAAAGACACUUUCAAUGCAGUGUUCAACAAAAUCUCUGCUCUUGCUAAUAAUAUGUAUGUACAGCAUUGCAGAGAAUCAAUGUAUAGCCCAGACCACACAGAACAAUAUGCUAAUGUUCUUCAAAAUUUAAAAGACGAUGAUAGCAUUGUGAUAACAAGACCAGACAAAGGAAAAGGCAUAGUAAUCCUUAACAAGACUGAUUACUGUAACAAAAUAUCUAACAUUCUUGCAGACUCGUCAAAAUUCAAACUCCUAAAUGUUGACUUAAGCAGCCAUCUCCUCAAACUUGAAGAUAAAUUAAACAGACUCUUACGACCUAUUAAAGAAACCAUUAAUGAAGCCACAUAUAAUUCCAUUCUCGCUUCUGGCUCUCGUCCUGGUUGUUUAUAUGGACUCCCUAAAGUUCAUAAGACUGGUACACCUCUGAGGCCUAUUGUUUCAUCAAUCAACACUUUUAAUUAUAACCUUGCUAAAUUCCUAGUUAAAAUCAUAGAACCCCUUACCACUAAUGAGUACACCACACUGCCAACACCUUGGAAUUUGUAA